AUGGUUCUGAACCCUUUCCUUGAUCCUUGUUAUUUUGAUUGUCUUGCCGUCGCUCUCUUUCUGUCUUCUGGUCGGAGCCCGGGGAAUAGUUGGCUUACGGACUUGACGCAUUUUCUCCUGUUUAUUUUUCGCUGUUGUCAAUUGCAGUCGGUCACUCUGCAUACGAACCUCGGAGACAUCAAGUGUGAGAUCGCAUGCGAUGAGGUCCCGAAGACGGCCGAGGUCCGCUCCUUUCUCUCAGUGUUCGUCCGUCAGUUUCCUUGUAUCAUUUUCUCAUUUCAUACGGUUUACUUUGAUCGGUAUUUUAACUUUUUAAGAGAUCUUUAUCGUACUCUGUUUUCCUCCGUUAUCAUCCUGGUGAUUUUAUUUCCUUGUUCGUGGAAUGAUAAUUUCUUUGGCGUUCUUUGAAGUUCCUCUCCGUUGGAUAGAUACAAGAAUAAUGCGCACUCUAUGAACUUCUCAGUAAUUGUAUCAAUGGCCUUGUGUAUUGACGAGAAUGCAGAAAUAUGAAAAUUUCUGAUAAGCCUAUGUUUAUACUCUAUUAGUCGGCUUCUAGGCAACGUCGUAUCUCACAAUUGGCAUAUGAAAAGCGUGUCAAUGCCUCAUGUAUCAAUCGGAAAAUUCGUAAGCAAUAAUUUUGGAUUCCGGAAACAUAUUUUAAAUGGAUGCAACCAAACCAAAUAACUAGUGCCAGCUUAUAAAGAAUAAUUUAGGGUUUCGGUUCCUAUUACAAAUCUGGGCUGAUUGACUGUACACUAAUCGUACGCUGUUGGUAGCAAAGUCGGAUAAGGCGACAUGACCAACAAUGCAUUGUAUAGAAUCAACGUGAGUUCAGUAUUCUGCAGUUUUGGUGCUCAGUCUACAUGAUAUAUCUACAGAAGGGAAAUUUCAUGUGCUUGAUGAAAUAUCCAAUUAAUUGCUUUCAGACUACCUGCAACAUGAAUAUCUGUGUGAACCCCAUAAAUUCCACCUUCAAGAACCUUAUGAUGCUCGCUCGAAUGUUUAUGCAAUCCAUAAGUCUCUAAGAAGAUGAAGCAGCAUUUGCAACAGGGAUAUAUUAUCUGAUGAGACUGAAGAACUGGAAAAUAUUUGGUCAAAUGCAUUAAUUAAUGAGUCAAAGAAAACUUAGUUUCGUGAAACUCUGGUUUAUCAUCCACAGAUGUUGACUAAACUUUAUUUAAGAACGAUACGAUGUAUGCCACUACUUUAGUUUAUAUAUUAGAUGCUGGUAUAUAUCCCCGGGCGUUUGUUUGGUUAGGGUGCCUGGUCAAGGUAGGAACAAAGGGUUAAAGAAGAAAUCAGCGAAUAAAAAGGUGUUGUAGAUUUUUUCUCACGCACAUCAGUUUUCCAGCAGCAAUUAGUCAUAUGAGUAUUAUGUCCCAACCGUGGCAAAAAUAUCCAUCUAGAAUCCUAACUCAUAUUUCUGAUGGCCUUAAUUUUUCAUAUAAUGUUGGAAGGGAGUGCACAAAAUAACUUGUUUACUCGCCAUAAAAAAAACGUAAUAUUUUUUGUUGUCCAGCUUUUGAGUCUGCGUGUAUAGGCUUUUUCAUCCUUUAGAUUCUCUUGAACGACCUUAUUCGAAGGUAAGGACGUAACUGGCACAAUAUCCACAUUCCCUAUCCGGAUUAGCUAAAGUGGACGCUGAUUAACAGAAGGUACCUUCAACUUCUGUCUUUCACUGUCCAAGAGGAGCCUAGUUGACUGUAAAGCUCAGUUGGGUAUUGAAGUCAACUGGGUCAGGUGAAUGUUUAGAUAAUCCAUUUGUGGCUCCUUGUUCUUAUCAAGUACUUUCAUCAAUCUGACUUGCUACUCUGGUACGAGGCACCAAAACUCCAGGAGUGUAGGUGCUCUCCAGAAAAAAAAAAUUGCGGAUGCAUCAGAGAAGUUGUUUUGUGCAAAAUGGUGAAGUACUUACUCAAUUUCGGUAAUUAGCUUAUCUGUUGUUUCUUGGAACUUCAAUAUAUAACCAAUUGAGGUCUGCCUCAGGGAAACCGCGCUAAUUUUCUUCAUACUCUUUUUAUUCAUCUGUCAUUCAUUGAUAAUUCCAUCGUAGCUUUGCUAACGAGUUUCUCUUCUGCUGCUGACCACCUUUCUAUCGCAGUUGAUUCUAAUGCGAACAAAGCAGUAACACCAUCUUAUUGUUGCAGAAUUUCUUGGCUCUGUGCGGCAGUGGUUACUAUGAUGGUACCAUAUUUCAUCGUAAUAUAAAAGGCUUCAUGAUUCAAGGUGGGGAUCCUACAGGGACGGGGAAGGGGGGCACCAGCAUAUGGGGAAAGAAAUUCAAUGAUGAGAUACGGGAAUCUCUCAAGGUACAUUUCUUUGUAUUGAUUUCAAGAACUCAUUCUCAGCUAGGCUAUACGGAAAAUUGAUCAGCAGCUAAUGUUUCUGGACCAUACCACGCCUCUUCUAGACCUUGUCUGUUUUUCUGAGAAAUAACAAUUCAGUUUUAUUUUUGUUUCAACAGCACAACGCGAGGGGAAUACUUUCUAUGGCAAAUAGUGGGCCUAACACCAACGGAAGCCAAUUUUUCAUAACUUAUGCGAAGCAGCCGCAUCUGAAUGGGUUGUACACAAUUUUCGGAAGAGUAAUUCAUGGGUUUGAAGUUCUGGAUAUUAUGGAGAAGGUACCUUUUCUUUUGUCACCAAAUAUGCCAUAUAUUAUUUCUCACAUUACUCCUGUCCUCUCUCUCUCUCUCUCACACACACGCACACACACACACACACUAUCUGAAUCUUCACCUAAUAUGUUAUUACUGUUCUUUUCAACAUGAAGACACAAACAGGUCCUGGAGAUCGGCCUCUUGCAGAGAUCAGGUUAAAUCGUGUGACAAUCCAUGCGAACCCGCUUGCUGGAUAG